AUGCCCAGCUUUUGGAAGUUGCAGGUGUGCCCCAAUAUGCCCAGCUUUUGGAAGUUGCAGGUGUGCCCCAACAUGCCCAGCUUUGGGGAGUUGCAGGUGUGCCCCAACAUGCCCAGCUUUGGGGAGUUGCAGGUGUGCCCCAACAUGCCCAGCUUUUGGUCUCCUGAUGGUUUAAGUCUUGAUUCCACUGUAUCAUCUUCGAUGCGCUUUCAUCGUCCAGAAAAAAGGGAAGAAGCUAAACAAAAAAGAGAUGGAUUCAACAAACAGCUGGUUCUGCGCCACUACAAUGACCCGGAAAAAAAGGAGGAGAUGGAAGAGUGCCCCCAGGAACCCCAGGUUUUCUGGAUGGAAUUGCUGGUAGGGAAGGCUCAGAUGCCAGCUAUGGGAGAGGCCAACCCAGAGAUGAAGAAGUUCCAUUAUGCCCUGGUAGAUGGCUCGUCUCUGACCUACUAUCCUUCUGGCCGCUUGGCUGUCUGCCAAAGUUACUCUGAUCUUCCUUGGGGUGGCCUGUACACCAACAUAUUCAGUGAUUGGCCGAAUCCUGUUAUCCUGGGGACAUUUACACCCUUUGGAUGUGGUAGCAUUUCGUGUCCUCGUAGGAAGAUCAUAGCAAUGAUGUUUAAUCAGGACGGAGGCAUUCUGAUCAGCAAAAAAGGAAGCAUCGUAAGGGAAUGGAUGUGGCCUUCAAAGGGAAAAAUUGACGAUCCAAUUGAAAUUGGGGUAAAUAAACACAUCACGGUGACUAUUUCGGGGCGCUUCGCCGUCACCCUGAUCUACAAAAGGCGUUCCCAAAGCCUGAAGCUGUCGCUGGCACCUGUCAAACACAGGCCUCCACCGUUACCUGAUAAGUUGUUCCCUGAUAUCAACUCCGCUUCCCAGGACGCUAAGGAAAUGUUGGCGACCUACAAAAAGAAAUGCAGGAUGCAAGAGUUCAUGUCCCAGAUCAGAGAUGCUUCAAAGUUAGCAGACCCGGUGGACACAGACCCUGAUGAUCCAGGAGCGGACAUAAGCCUUAUGCAUGACCUUGCAACAUCCAUCGAACUAAUCAGAAUACAGAAGAAGGUUAAGCAUAUCCUCCUUCACUGGCUGAACUACUACAGAUCCACAUUGGGCCUGGAGUCCCCGCACGUCUGCCGACUGCCCCCGUUUGCAAAGAAAGCGGUCAGGAAACCCAAGGUGUCGUUUGCAAUACCUGCUCUGACUCAAAGUGCAAAGGAAGUGGAUUGGUACAAGGAGUAUCUCCGGUACAGAAAUAACUUCCUGACCCUGAAAGAGUUCUUCAAGCCUUCCCCUUACCACUACAUCCACAGGACCUCAACCGUCAGCCCGUAUUCCCGGUUUUCUCUUCUCGCUAAAGGGAAGGAUUUGUGGUUUUCUUCCCAGCUGGCUUGUCCUGUGGUCCUGAGGAAGACGAUGUGUGGGGAGGAUGGGGAUAUAUGCAGGUGCAGCUGUCACACCAUCCCCGAAGUGACAGACCUAGAGUAUGACCACCUCAUCGGCAAACAGCUCUCCCGUACGGAUCAGAUCAUUGUCGUCUGCGUGUCCUCAGCUGAAAGGGAGGACAAGACGAUAGAGGAAGUGACCGACCUGUACAAGGAGAUGAACAAAUCCAGAAACAUGCCGUGCAUUCAGAGUCAUUUGGAUUCUUUUCGGUUGCUCAAAUACGAUGUCACAUCAGCGUCUAAGUUUAUGAAACCUGGUUGCCCACUCCUAGUUCGAAGACACAAUCUCACCCCGGGAAUUUUUUUGAUGUACAUUCGAGGAAAAUUACUCUUUGCCAACUUUAUUUUCAAUGGUUACAGCACAUCUGCUAAUGACCUUCGAAAGCAAAUUGUGAAGACUAGAAAGGAUUAUCACAUGGGCUAUUUUCUACCCAGUGACUUCAGGAUACGCAACUGGACUGAGUAGAAGUGUGCUCCUCUAACAGCUCACUGGAAGAGAAGCGCCAACCAUGCCUAGCAUCACUCUCUCUUCUACAGUGGUGUCAACACAAGAAACUGGCUUACUGUACUUCAUUUUGGAAGUGAAGAUGCAUUUCUCUUUAAAAAACAGUCAAAGAAAUUCGUAACAGCAUGUGGUAUCCAAUUCAAGUAGAAAAUAUAAACAACAAUGCUAACUCCAA